GCCACAUAAUAACUGUAUCAUUGACACCCAGGUGUUACAGCAAAUCAACAGUCGCUUCACUGGAAUUCCUUUGUUAGUUUUAAUGUGUGUUUGUUUCGUUGAUCCCUUUGGCUAUUUGAAGCCACAUACACAAUAUUUUAAGAUUAAUUAAAGCAGUAGCUGUCUAUGGUUUCGUGGGCAUUUAUAAACCCGGGUAAAUCGGUCCUCAAGGGGGAUUAACACGAAUGAAAGAAGUAUAAAAUGAAAAGGAAUCAUUAAAAAAUCCCAUUUGCUCGCGAACCGAAAUUUGUAACGAAAAUUGUGCCCCAUGUGGAAAGCGCAAAAUCUCUUUCACGUUAAAUCAAAGAUGCAGUAUAUAAACUCCAAACCUACUGUGAAUCCGUCACAUUUCGACAAAACAAGUUGUGAAGGAUACACACGAAGAUUCAAGUAGGUAAGCAAUAUAAUUAAUGGAUAAUAUAUUUUGCCGAAUAUUUUCCAAAUUUGAUUUACAAUAAAUAUUCUUUUAGGCAUCUGUCAGAAUGGAGCUGCAUCGUAUGGCCUGGUUGUGCACCAUUAUCUGCUUUGCGCACGUUUACUCGUUUCCAACAAACUGCUUCCUUCAGAAGCAUUUGAUGGAGAGAUCAUUUACUCUCCUAGAUACUGUGGGUGGGUUUUUUCCUGAACAAUGCCUGGAGGAUGAUGUUUCAGUUACGUUCCCUCAAAAUGUUUUUGAGUCAAACAAAACGCAACAGGUUGGAGUCGAGAAGGCCAUUUACCAGACACUGCAGAAUAUUGACGCUCUGUUUGAGAACGAUGAUGUUCCUGACGAGUGGAAUAAAGAAAAAUUAGACGGAUUUUUGCACACCAUAUACCGCCAGAUUAAUGACACCAAAUGCAUCUUGAGCAAAUCCGAAACUGGACAGGAUUUGGACAGAGAUGCUGCGCUCAAAGUUUACUUUGACACCAUAUCCGCCAAUUUGAAGAAAAAGAAUUUCAGUUACUGCGCCUGGGAAGUUUUGAGAAAGGAGGUUCUCCGCAUACUGAACCACAUAUUGAACCACAACAAGGACAAUAUGCUAUGA